GAGCCCGCCCCGCGUUGUGUAAGCGAGGCCUGGCGGGAGGAGGAAAACCACGCGGAGGGUGCUUUUGCUUUGCGGCUGUUCCUCCUGGAGCCCGUGGUUGUCGAGUGCGCUUUCGGUGGGCCCUGGAGCGGGAUCGGCCAUGUCUCCGAAGAAGAGAAAGCGGGAGCCGCUCGGAGGAACGGAACUUGAAAACGAUGCGGCGGAUGAUGGAGCGGAAGCUCCUGGCUUGACAGAGAAUCCGGGGAUCCCGGUUGUAGCUUCGCCUGCAGAGAAGACGAUGGGAGGGGGCGCCAGGAGUGGUGGGAUCGGGGCCCUGGCGGAGGCGGUGAAGCAGGCCCGGGCCAGAACGGCGUCUUCUGUUGCAGAGUUCAAGUACAACAAGAAGCGGGUCCGCUUGGUUUCUCAGGAGUCCGAGCUCGAGGAAGGGAGUCUGGGUAUCCUCUAUUGGAUGUCCCGAGAUCAGAGGGUGCAAGAUAACUGGGCCUUUCUCUAUGCCCAGCGCCUGGCCUUGAAGCAGAAGCUCCCGCUCCACGUCUGCUUCUGCCUGGUGCCCAAGUUCCUCGAUGCCACCAUCCGGCACUUUGGCUUCCUGCUCCAUGGCCUGAAGGAAGUUGCUGAGGAGUGCCAGGAACUCAACAUUCCCUUCCACCUGCUCACCGGACUCGCCAAAGAUGUGCUGCCCCCCUUUGUGACGAAGCACAGCAUUGGCGGGGUAGUGACCGAUUUCGCACCUCUCCGUGUUCCCAUGCAGUGGGUCCAAGAUGUCCGGGAGAGACUGCCACCGAAUGUGCCGUUUGUUCAGGUGGAUGCGCACAACAUUGUCCCUUGCUGGGUGGCCUCUGACAAGCAGGAGUACGGCGCGAGGACGAUUCGGCGGAAGAUUCAUGACCGGCUGGCGGAGUUUCUGACCGAAUUCCCACCUGUCAUCCGGCACCCUUACCCCAGCACCGUCCAGGCGGAGGUGGUCGAUUGGGAUGCGUGUUUCGCCAGCCUGCAGGUCGACCGCUCGGUCAAGGAGGUGCGAUGGGCCAAGCCGGGUACGGCCGCCGGCCUGGCGGUGCUGGAGGAGUUCGUGGAGGACCGUCUGAAGUUCUUCGGCACAGAAAGGAACAAUCCAAACAAGGCUGCUCUGAGCAAUCUCUCGCCCUGGUUCCACUUUGGCCAGCUUGCUGUCCAGAGAGCCAUCUUGGAGGUCUCCAAGCACCGCCGCAGGUGCAAGGAAUCGGUGGACGCUUUCGUCGAGGAGGCCGUGGUGCGCCGGGAGCUGGCGGACAACUUCUGCUUCUACAACCAGAAGUACGAUCAGGUCGAAGGUGCCUCUGCCUGGGCCCAAACCACCCUGGCGCUGCAUGCCAAAGACAAGAGGACUCACUUGUACACGCUGCAGCAGCUGGAGGAAGGGAAGACGCACGACCCUCUCUGGAAUGCGGCGCAGCUCCAGAUGGUCCACGAAGGGAAGAUGCAUGGGUUUCUACGGAUGUACUGGGCCAAGAAGAUCCUGGAGUGGACCAGCUCCCCUGAAGAGGCCUUGAAAUUCAGCAUCUAUCUCAACGAUCGCUACGAGUUGGAUGGCAGGGACCCCAACGGCUAUGUGGGCUGCAUGUGGUCCAUCUGUGGGAUCCACGACCAGGGCUGGGCCGAACGGGCUGUCUUCGGCAAGAUCCGCUACAUGAACUACGCCGGCUGCAAGAGGAAGUUCGACGUCCAGCGGUUUGAGUGCAAGUACAGCCCUCGGAAGCUCCCCAAGCAGCCUUCGUAGGCUCCGCUCCCGGGCCGAGGAGCGGCGGCUUUUCGCCUCCUGGACUUUGGGGGAAGCUCUCAUGGCUGCUGCGGCGAGGGCCGUCGAGGCUGCCUUCAUCCGGGUGGGAGAGAGAACGCCGCUUCCCAAAGAGGAGUCUGUGUUCCUCGAAGUGACGCCGAGCAGCACCUGCCCUGGGGGAGGACUCCCCUGCCUGGCCAAGGGACAGGUGCAGUGCCGCGUCCCGGGGGGGCAGUCCUGUCUUGCUGUUUGGCAGGGCAGUGGCCUUUCAGCGCCCUCUGCUGGCGUGGCCUUGGGCGAGUCUGGAACCUGGCUUGCCUUCCACUCACAGGUGCCGCGAUUAACUCCCAUAGCCCUUCCCGUCUUACCAAACGAAGAACUGGGCUUACCUGCAGUUCUCUGAAGCCGCUGCUCACCUCUAAAGUGGUUUCGGGACAGCUCUUGAGUUUAGGAGGGAGGGGAAGGGAUUAGGUGCGUCGGUUGAGCUGCGUUCCUCUCGCUUCAGGCCAAUUCUGUUAGCGUGCUUGGGGGAUAGUGCAGUCCCGCACAGGUAGCUUUUCGUAGGGUCUUGGGGAUAUGGAAGACUGCAGUUAGUAGCACUUGCCCGCUUCCAGUUCUGCAGGGAGUAGCAUUGACCGUUCGAUGUGUCCCCUCCCAGCCCCAAACUGCCACCACCCUCCUCAAGCUAAGAAGCAGCCUUGAGCUUGGAAUUCAUGUAUGGCUUCCCCUGGGGGAGGGUGUUUUCCCCACCAUCCAUGUCCAUCUCUCUGUUUGGGGGCUAAGCCGUCAGGUUUCUCUCCCAUUCUGCAUUCUCCCACCAAGGUCACCUUUGCCUCUCUGUAGACCUUUGCUUGGAAAAGGGUGCUGAAUUGCCCCGCCUUGGAUUUCUCCCUGGUCAAGGAGGCUACGGCCAAAGAGCUUUCUGGCUGCAGGGCUCUCAGUGCAAAGCUAGGAGCAAGGACGUGUGCGCUGCAUCCUGCGGAUAGGGACCCGGCUGGGGCUUUGGUUCAGGGUCGAAGCGGCAGCUUGUAACGCUUACCUUUUUGUAAUGAAAUAACACGGCGGGUGCCUGUCUGCUAAUGCGAACGGACCAGCAGAUGUGUCGCUUCUACUAAAAGGCCAUAGUCUUUUAUCACUUUCCUAAAUUCAGGGUUGCUACAGUCUUUUAAUAUCCUUGCAAGUAGCUUUCUAGUCAGGGCUCGGAGCAACUGUUACAGCAUUGCUAAGUAAGGCUUCAUGGUGCUUUUUGAGGGAAAUGUUCCAAUAAUAAAAAAAU